AUGGCCGAGACACAGAGCCUCUCGCCCUUUGGCACUGCCAGAGCUACCGUGACCGACCAACCUCUCAGCAAGGAUGAGGUCGACAAGAUCAACCGCUACUUUCAUGCCAGCAUGUACCUCUGCUUGGGUAUGCUCUACCUCAGAGAGAACCCUCUGCUCCAAGAACCUCUCAAGGUUGAGCACAUCAAGCCUCGUCUUCUUGGACACUGGGGUUCCGACGCUGGUCAAUCCUUCACCUACAUCCACAUGAACCGUCUGAUCAAGAAGUACGACCUUGAUGCCUUCUUUGUCUCUGGUCCCGGCCACGGUGCCCCUGCCGUUAUCUCCAACUCGUAUCUUGAGGGCGUCUACUCCGAGGUCUAUCCCGACAAGUCCCAAGAUGCUGAGGGCCUGCAGCGCUAUUUCAAGCAGUUCUCAUUCCCUGGAGGCAUUGGCAGUCACGCAACUCCCGAGACUCCUGGCAGUAUCCACGAAGGUGGUGAACUUGGAUAUUCCAUUAGCCAUGCCUUCGGUGCAGUAUUCGACAAUCCUGACUUAAUUGCUCUGACCAUGGUCGGAGAUGGUGAAGCCGAAACUGGUCCUCUAGCUACCAGUUGGCACAGCACCAAGUUCCUGAACCCCAUUUGCGAUGGUGCAGUUCUGCCCGUCCUCCACUUGAAUGGAUACAAGAUCAACAACCCCACCGUCCUCUCGAGAAUCAGCCACGAGGAGCUGAAGGCUCUCUUUGUCGGUUAUGGUUGGGAGCCUUACUUUGUCGAGGGUUCUGACCUCGACACGAUGCACCAAGCAAUGGCUGCUACUAUGGAAAGAGCUGUCACCGAGAUCAGGGCAAUCCAGAAGAAGGCCAGAGACUCUGGCAAGGCUGAGCGCCCCAGAUGGCCCAUGAUUGUUCUCAGAACUCCCAAGGGCUGGACCGGUCCUCGCACCGUCGAUGGUCACUUCCUCGAAGGCUAUUGGAGAGCUCAUCAGAUCCCUCUCACCAAUGUCCUCAAAGACAACGACCAGCUCGCUUUGCUCGAGAAGUGGAUGCGCAGCUACGAGCCUGAAAAGCUGUUCAAGGACGGCAAAUUCAUCGACGAGCUUCGUGAGCUUGCCCCUACUGGCAACCGCCGUAUGAGUGCCAACCCUGUUACCAACGGUGGUCUUCUGCGCGCCAACCUCAGGAUUCCCGAUUUCAAAAACUUCUUGACCCAGAUUGUCAAGGCUAACCCCAACAACUUCCGUCUCUUCGGUCCCGACGAGACCCAGUCCAACAAGCUUGGCGCCGUUUACGAUGUUACCCAGAAGGUCUGGAUGGCUGACUACUUCGAAGAAGACAAGGAUGGCGGCAACCUCGCCCCUGCUGGUAGAGUCAUGGAGAUCCUCAGUGAGCACACUGUUGAGGGCUGGUUGGAGGGAUAUAUAUUGAGUGGCCGUCACGGUCUGCUCAACAGCUACGAGCCCUUCAUCCACAUUAUCGACUCCAUGGUCAACCAGCACGCAAAGUGGCUCGAGAAGUGCAAUGAGAUCUCUUGGAGACAGGAGGUUGCUUCGCUCAACAUCCUACUCACCUCGACCGUCUGGCGCCAGGAUCACAACGGCUUCACUCACCAGGACCCCGGUUUCCUCGACGUUGUUGCCAACAAGUCGCCCGAAGUUGUUCGCAUCUACCUUCCUCCGGACGCCAACUGCCUGCUCAGCACUAUGAACCACUGCUUGAAGUCAUCCAACUAUGUCAAUGUCAUUGUUGCCGACAAGCAGAACCACCUGCAAUACUUGAACAUGGAAGACGCCAUCAACCACUGCUCCAAGGGUCUGGGUAUCUGGGAUUGGGCUUCCAACAGCAAGCACCAAGAGCCCGACGUUGUGAUGGCCAGUUGUGGUGAUGUCAGCACACAAGAGGCACUCGCUGCUACUGCUCUGCUUCGCGAGUACCUGCCUGAACUCAAGGUUCGCUUCGUAAACGUCGUCGACCUGUUCAAGCUCCAGCCCAACGGUUACCACCCUCACGGCCUCAAGGAUGACGAAUACGCUGCCAUUUUCACCGACGACAAGCCAGUAGUUUUCAACUUCCACUCUUAUCCUUGGUUGGUCCACAGAAUGACCUACAAGCGCAAGGGUCAGAACUUGAUGCGCGUGCGCGGCUACAAGGAGAAGGGCAACAUCGAUACCCCUCUCGAGCUGGCCAUCCGCAACGAAACCGAUCGCUACAGUUUGGCCAUCCUCGCCAUCGACAGUCUCAAGUCUGUUCUUGGCAACAAGGGCUCAUCUACCCGCGAGUACCUUCUCAACACCCGUACUGCCGCCAUGAACUACGCCUACGAGACUGGUCAAGAUCCUGAUGACUUUGUCAACUGGACUUGGCCUUACUAG